AUUCUUUUCUUUCUUCAUAGAUGUCUUCUGGAAUCGAAGACUAGACUAAACAUAAUCUUACAUAUUUUAAAGUUUAACUUUUUAAAAUUAAGUGCUUAUUAUUGUAAGUUCAAGUAAAGAUUUUGUUGCUUUAUAUAUGGGUUGUAAGGAAAACGUUUAAUUUAUACGUUAUUAUUGGUUUAUAAAUGUUGGGCUACUGGAAAUUAAGUAUUUAUCAUUUUUCAAGCGUUUGUUUAAAACGUUCGUAAAUUAAUAUGUACUUCUUUCGAUGUUACGUUUUUUCUGUACAAAAAAGAAAACCGAACAAACGGAAAAACGUCACCUACGAAUUUGUAUUGCUCUUUUAUAGAAUAAUAUAAAUUAUUGAAGAGCAAUCCAUAGCAUUUAUACAUAUUAUACAUAUACACACAUGUAUACAUACAUAUAUACAUAUGCAUAUAUAAAUCGUUUGAUAAAGCGAAUACAACAAUCUGUGCAAUGCAUCAGAUUUGUUAAUCAUUAAAUGUAAACUUUUGUAUACACGUUUUGUGAUCUAGUUUUGAUACUUGUUUAUUUUCCUUUGGAUACUCUUCUGUACAUACAUAAAAAUGAUCAAACAUUUAAUGCCAGCUUAUAUCUGAUGUUGGGUAUUGCUGUCUCUUUUGUUACCAUUCAAUAUUUAAAUAAACAUGUUUCAAAAUAAAACUGUACGAGUUAUCAAUGUUUUAUUAAACUAUGAGUAGUAUUUUUAGCGUGAUUAAUGUUAAAUUAUGUAAUUGAAGUCUUUAAUAAAAAAAACUACAUUUUUAUUGUACACCAAUAUCAAGCAUCAGAUACAAACGUAUUUGCUGAAUAAAAUGUAACUGAAUGGUUAUUUAAAACAAAUAAUAUAAAUAAGUUGCAAAUAGUUUUACAUACUGCAAUAAAGGUACAUUUCGUACAAUAUAAAAGAAAAUAUAGAAACUAAGACUGUACAAAAUAAUAUACAAUUGUUGUACAAGAUAGAAACUAAUUUUAAAAGUAUUCAGUUCUGAAACAUAAUGUUCAUUAUAGUGUAUAAACGAUUGUUAUUUUUCAAUACCAUUGGAAACAUAUUGAAUUCUUUAAUCUUCUUAUCAAGUGAAUGAUACAAAGAAAUUAUGUAAUUUGCUUAACAAUGGAUUUUAUAAAAUUUAAGAAACGAAAUAAUGCAACACCAUAUCUUCUAGUAUGCCUAGUCAUAUGAAAAGAGAUGAAAAAAGAGAAGAAAAAGUAAGAAUGAUAUAUUAUGACAUAUUCUAUUUCAAAAGAGUUAAUUCACUUGUGAAUAUUGUAUACAAUCAAUAAAUGUUAUAGAUCUUUAGAUGAAUUUCAACUGAAUGUUUUGAUAAGCAAAAUGUCCUAUAAUUUGAUCAUGAGCAAGUAAAUUGAUUUAAUAAUUAUUGAAGUUUGUCCACUAUUCUUUAAGCAAUGAAAUAGAAAUUCAUUUUAUAAAAAACUGUACAUAAUUUUCAAUUUAUCAAGUUUACCCUACAGUACAAAUAGCUUUUGUUUGAACUAUUACAAUAAAUCCUAGGAGGCUGAGUUGACUGUCCUUUGUCAGGAGCUGUUGUCAAUUGACAAAAUGAUUCAUUAAAGCAUCAUACAGCUUACAAUUAAAAAUGUUUAUUUAUUUAGUGGCUCUAGCCGCUACAAUAUUCUUUAUUUUUGGACUGUUACACCUCAGGUGUUUAAAUGGUUGGCUGCAAUCAUCAUUUUGCUAUGUCUCGAAUGUUUAUAACGGAUUAACUCACAGAUCUAUGAUUGAAGCAACAUUACAGAAUGAGAAUCUGGAAAGUAAUUUAACAGCAGCAAGGUCUGAGAGACCUUUUGUUGUAAUCAAUGAAUGGCGAGAACAUGAGAAUAUAUCUGAUGUAUUGAACAACACAGAAAGAUUACCAGAUCCAAUAUUAGAAGAACCUGGAAUUAAAUUAAGGGAUUUGAAUCCGCUGUACAACUUAGAGAAUGUUUCUCCAACUGAAAUGAAUAAAGAUGUUACAAAAACAUUAGAACUAAGCACAGCAAAAGUCAGUGGUAUUGGUACAUCUAGAAACGAAGGAAACGAGAACAUAUUUGAAUCCAUAAAAAAUUCUACUGAAAAAGUUACCAAUCAAUUAAAUACCCACUUAAUACAUCAUUUGAUCACGAAAGAAACUAUGAAAGGAAAUGAAAUAAAACAGAAGUUGAUGGAUAGUUUAAAAGAGAAGCUAACUGAUUCACCUAUUGAAGUAAAGGACCAUCCAUCAGCAUCAAAAAUAGAGUACAAAGACAAUCUUAAUAAAUCUAAAUCCAAUGAUAUACCUUAGAAUUAAAAUGUAACAUGAAUGAAAAAUAAAAUACCAUACAAAAUAUUCCAAAUUUUCUUUUGCUCCUUUUUAUCACUUAUUUUCAGCGAAAACCACUGUGUGCAUAUUACUGCCGACCAGAUUUUCAUUAGUAACAGGAGAACAAAAUGAUAAUGAAGGUAGUUCCUCUCAAAGAAAGACACAUAUUUUGCUAUCUUAAGUGUUGAGAUAUAUUUAUCGGCUCCUCAUCUAAAAUAAACGAACAUUGAUGUAUGUUAUAUCCCCUCCCUGCCUAGCACUUGUCUACUUCUGCACCUACCCAUAAUUAAAAUAUCUACGGAGUGGGGAUCAACACCUAAGACAGAAAAUAUCUACCUCUCUCUUCAACCUUCUCACGCGUUUUUCUAACACUCUGCUGAUGGCCAGAGACUCUCCAGUCUUUUCAGUGUUCUUCAAUAGUAUAAGCUCUAUAAGCAAAACCAUAGACGUAGCAAAACACACCGUGUUACUAUUAGAGCUGCCAACUUGUGGAAUACUCGGGUACUCGAGUAAUCGUGAGAUAGCUAGUUACUUGUGAAAUGUCCGGGUAAAAUUAUCUGGCUGCAUGGGGUAUCCGUGAGAUACUUGAAUACUUGUAGAAUCGAAAUGAAAAUUUUCGACCAUCUUAUAGAUUCAGGUAUUUUACGGGUACCCGGAUCAAUAGCCUCAGUCACAACACGAUUACCCCUACUACGAGAGUUUUGGGAUCUGUAUGUAUGCAUGACCAUAAAAGCAUGCAGUCACUAACACUCGAUAAUUCCCUGUUUCUCUAAAAGAGGGCUCGCCACUACAGCCCCCACCGUAGGGAACUAUCGAGCGUCUAGGUUAGUUAGUUUCGAAGCAUUGGAGAGAAAAGAUCAUCGAGCAGGCGAAAAUGGAUUUAUAUCAACCUUGUAUAAUCAGUGCAGAUCAACCAAGUACGAACAAUGUAAAUCAACCGAGUACAAGCAAUGUAAACCAACAGAACACAAGCAGUACGAUGCAACUGAGUACGAGCAAUGCCAUUCAAACGAACCGGAAAUCGUAUUCUUCGUUAACGCUUCAGCAGAAAUUAGAGGUAUUGAAAUUAAAAGAUGCUGGUGCAUCAACGAAUUACUUAGCGAUACGAUACAAGGUCGACGAGAGUACGAUCCGGAAAUGGAUACGUGAAAGGGAAAAGCUAGAAAAGUAUAGUAGCUUAUCUGCUGAGUCGAAACGGGUGCGUCUAUCCCCCGUAGAGAAGGUGAAUGAAGCGUUAACAAUAUGGUUCCACCGAGAAAAAAAAUUAAACAGAACAGUCAGUGUUACGGAUGUCAAAG